UCCACUCUCCCUCGCUCUCCGCUGCGCCAGUCCGCCUCACUGACUCGCAGAACCAGUUGGUUUGGCCCAGCUUCUUGUUUCCUGCCUUCUCACUGUGUGUGUGCUGCUGCUGCUGCUGUUGUUGUUGCCUGGUGUCAACCUACGCCGACGGGAGAAGAAGACAUAUCCCUCCCUCUCCUCUGUCAGAGGGCCGCUUCCAAUUUGCCUUCACUUUCCUCCUCGCCGGCACCAUUGGCUUCCGUGCCGUGCCAGUCAACUCGCCUCCUUCCCCAGCCCGAGUUGAGCAGCAACAGCUCGGAAACAUCUGGCCGCCGCAGAGUGCUAGACUCCCCGUCCCUGCGCCUGCUCGCCUCGGCAGCCUGUUAUGGAAAUUAGUCCAAAGUCAAUCUAGUUUUGUCUCCGAAGGAAAAAAGAGGGGAUUUUGACGGAGGAAGCGGGGAAGACGGUGGACCUUCUUGUCUGUUAUGAGGACGGCAGGAUGGAGUUCCCAGACCACAGCAGACAUUUACUCCAGUGUCUGAGCGAACAGCGGCAUCAGGGCUUCCUGUGUGACUCCACGGUGCUGGUGGGCGAUGCCCAGUUCCGUGCCCAUCGUGCUGUGUUGGCCUCCUGCAGCAUGUACUUUCACCUUUUCUACAAGGACCAGCUGGACAAGAGAGACGUGGUGCACCUCAACAGUGACAUUGUCACAGCUCCGGCCUUUUCCCUGCUCCUGGAGUUCAUGUAUGAGGGCAAACUGCAGUUCCAGGACCUUCCCGUGGAGGAUGUGCUGGCAGCAGCCAGCUACUUGCACAUGUAUGACAUUGUCAAGGUGUGUAAGAAACGUUUGAAGCAGAAGGCCACAGCGGAGGCAGACAGCACGCGCAGAGAGGAUGACGGUGGGUCCAGCUGCUCUGAUAAAGCCGAUAGUCUAUCAGACAGUUCCACAGGCCGGCCUGCUACUGCCGACCUGCUGCACAGCGAUGAAGAGGAGGAGGGAAAGGCAGAGGGAGGGCCGCUGUGGCUGAGGCUGCCGUCUGCAGACAGACCAGGGACACCAGCUAUGGCUACAACCAGUCCAGGGCAGGGUGAGACGGAGACGCAAGCAGGGGAAGGCCUGGGAGAGGGAGGAAAGCUCCUUUCUCCGGCCGGCAGCCCCACCAGCUCCACUGGAUCUCUCUCCCAGAGGUCCCACCGCUCCGUGAGCUCUCGUGGGGGCCACAGGGGUAGGAGGGUGUCAAAUGAUGCAGCUGACUGCGUCCUGGACCUGUCAGUCAAGCCAAUUGCAGGUAGCAACCACACUAACCACCACCAAUCCUUUUUCAGCGGAGCAGCUACACCAGACAGCCUCCAAAGCCCAUUGGCUGUUAGGGUAAAGGUAGAAAGGGGCGUGGCUUCAGAUGAGGAAGAGGAACUGGGAGGUGGGGACUAUGACAUGGAGCAUAGCGGCCUCACCAAGGCCACGGUUCCUAACACCAAUGGGGGCCUGGCCCACCACGGGGUCGGAGGGCCCUUGUCGGCCCAGCGGAGGCUCGGCCUGGAAGCACACCUGUCUGCUCUGCGAGAAGCCUCCCUGGCCUCAGAGCUGGAGCGGGAGGAGAAGCCUCCAGCCACAGCAGACGAUGAGGACAUCCUGGGGGGCGAAAACGAGCGCGCUCAGGCUGAGGCGGCCAGCAUGGAUAGCUCGCUGCUGCCUUACGUCUCCAACAUGCUGUCGGCUCAACACACACAGAUCUUCAUGUGCCCGCUGUGUAACAAGGUUUUCCCCUCACCCCACAUCCUCCAGCUUCACCUCAGCUCCCACUUCAGGGAGCAGGAGGGCAUCCGCGCCAAGCCCGCCGGAGACGUCAACGUGCCCACCUGCAACAUCUGCAGCAAGACCUUCUCCUGCAUGUACACGCUGAAGCGCCACGAGCGGACACACUCCGGUGAAAAACCCUACACCUGCACCACCUGCGGCAAGAGCUUCCAGUACUCACACAACCUCAGCCGCCACGCAGUGGUGCACACGCGUGAGAAGCCUCAUGCUUGCAAGUGGUGCGAGCGGCGCUUCACGCAAUCCGGGGACCUCUACCGACACAUCCGCAAGUUCCAUUGCGAACUGGUCAACUCGCUGUCAGUGAAGAGCGAACCUCUGGCGCUCCCAAAUGUCAGGGAUUGGGCGAUCGAGGACAGCUCCCAGGAACUGUGGAAGUAGAAACAGACUUCUAGGUUUGGUAAAGGGAAAAAGACGGAGAGUGAAAGAAAGGCAGAGAGGCGUGGGGAGGUUAGAGGGAGGCGGCAGAGUUUGAUAUUCGGGGUUUAAGUGAGUCACGUUCUUGUUUGUUGCAACAUCUCAUUCAAUAGCACUUUAAUAGCACAUGAAAAUGUUACUACUGAGUUGUUUUUCUUUUCUUUUUGUUCCUAUUUGGGGUAAUUUUUGUUUUAUUCUAUUUUAUUCUGAAUCCUCAUUUUUAUUUCGCGCAAGUUCUCUCCUGUUGGUGGUUUUAAUUGCGUCUCUGGACACGGGUCCCAGUGAGAAAGUCUCGCCUUUUUGAAGAGAUUUCACUCUGUUUGUGUUUCAUCCCAGACACAACACUCCGAUGCUGGCCAGCGUAUCGGUCCCAGUUCCACAGACAGCAAAACACCACUGCAGGAGUUCAGGUCGAACACACUGAAGUGAAAAAGCAUUACAAUACACUAAACGGGUACUGUGAUCACCACAAGUCGACGCCACCAAACACACAGUUUGAAUUAGCGUGCGCACACGCGAGUGUGUGUGUGUGUGGUACUGCACUACUCUGGCAAAAAUUUCACCUAACGUGCGUGAGUGUGUAUGAGUGUGUUUUGUGUGUAUUGAUUUUAUUUUCUACUGGCACGGAGGUGUCGUUGGCGAAGCGCUCCCCGCUUCUCUUGUUAAGCUCUUUGGUGUUGUGUGUUCAGGGGAAAGCUGACUGACUGACAGAUAAACUGAUGGCACUCAUGCAAUGCACAGCCUCCUUUUUUCACUUCCAGUCAAUUUGAAGUAUUUUCUAAAAAUGAAAAGACCUUUACAAAUAAUUAUUAAUUAUUAUUGUUAUCGAUAGAAUUUUUUUCUUAAAUCUAGCUGGCAGUCUUUAAAACAUCUCUUGUUGAAAAGUUAUUUAAUUUAAGGUUGUUGUAUAUUGUUCUGAUAUAGUUUAAAAACUUUAAUUCUUUGCAUUUUUUUAAAUUAAUGAUUAUUAUUAUUAUUAUUUUGUUACUUUUUUUGUAAUGGGACCUGCUGUUGUUGCAUGAUGUCCAAACCUGUAUAUUUUAAAAUAAAAAAUGUGAAUUUGCUGUAUUACUGUACACAUUGUAAUUGAUCAAAUAUUUGACAACGGGCUUUCCUUUUUUUUUCUUUUCUUUUCUUUGUGAAUACUAUCCAGGGUGCGGUCUGUUGAAAAACUGAAUAUUAUUCUCACGACUAUGGAAAAAAAAAUGCAUGAAAUUUUGAUUUUGUCUUAAACCUUUAAGUUGUGGUUUUUGCAUCGGGGAGGGGGAAUGUUUGAACCGUACACUUUUGACAGUGAAAAGUCGGAUAUUUUGUACUCGCUGGGAUCCUAGAAGAACGUUACCGAAUGUGUUUCCGUCGGAUGUUGAAGCGAUAUGAUGAAGCAUUUUAAGCCUGUGUCUAUAUGCACUGAUCUUUCUGCUGCACGCGUGUGUGUGUGUUAAUGCGUGCGUGCGCGUGUGUGUUUACGAGCGUGUGACUCGGUUAGCACCAGUCAAUUUAACCUACUGAAGAUCUACGUCCACCCAGCACUUCCUCCUCUUGCUCCUCCUCAGGCGUUAAAUGUCUCUACUGCUAUAACUUUUGUGUCCGUCCUCACCAGUUCUAAACGCGGUCGAGCCAUUUCUUAAUUAUUUCUGCAGAUUUGGGCUCUCGUUUCAGGUCUGUUGAGUGCAGUUUUUUUAAAACAUUUUUUAUUAAAUUGUGGCUUGGCUGAAGUGUGAAGGAUACGGAGGGAGGGAGUAAGGAAGGAGCGAGGCUGAACCUGAGCUGUCCUGCUGAAAGUUGAAGGGUCAGAUAUCUCUGCCACACUGUUGCUUCACGCUGAGCCGAGCUGUGCUGAGCUGAGCGGGGCCGUUAAACUCACUCAGCUCAGUGCAGUGUGCAUUUCACAUUAGGUGCAGCGGAUGUCACGUCUGUGUGUGCGUGCGUGUCUGUUUGUGUGUUUCCUUUUAAAGCAUAAUCCUUACUUUGAGAUGGAUGGGAGAGAAUUGGCAUGCCUGAAUGCACCUUUUUAAGCUUAAAGACAUGAAAUCAGAUUUUUUGCUGAAAAGAUGCCUUUAUUUAAAAAAAAUAAAAAUAAAAUUACAUUUCUGAUGCUGUGAUGUAUUUGAUACUGUAAAGCAUUGAGAAAUGGCUGUUGAAAAUUUUGUGUAAAUUCUUGGAAUUUAUUGAAUUUAUCUAUUUUGAUCAUGUGAUUAGAAAACUCUUGUAUGUAAAUGUUGCGUUUGGGUCAGGGCUACAUCAGUUUCUUCUUCUUUUUUUCUUGUUUUUAUUGAAAUUUCAAAAUAAUUGGUCGAGCGUUUAUACAAUCCAAAAACAUUUUUCAGAAAGAUACUGACACUCCACAUUACCCCCCCCCUCUCUCACUCACUCAAAUAUGUAUGUGUGUGUGUGUUAGUGUGUGUGUCCCCGCAGAUGUGCAUGUGGUGGGUGGGGUAUAUGUACAUGCCGCCCCGUCAUCUGGUGGCACCUACAGGCUCUGCCAAUGCAACAGUGUGGGUGACAUUGCGACAGUUUGCACCACAUCGUCUCAUUUUUGUCCCGAAAUGUUAUUUCUUCACUGGCAGCGUCUCUGCAUAUGGGCUCCCUCCAUCCUGCUGUUGUUUUCAUCAUUACUGCUGGGGGGUUUUUUCUCAUUUUUUUCCCUCCCCGUUCUGUUCCUCUGGUUUUACUUGACCGCCUUAAACUGCUGUAGUCCGGGCUGUUAUUUUAUUUUUAAAAGUGUGAGUGUGUGGGGUGGAGUGGCGGGAGUGAUGUUAACCACUCAAGACGCUGUGAAGUAAACCACCCCGACUGGACAUCUCCAUCUUUUUGCUGUGCUUACUUGAAAACAAAAGGGGAUAGAUUGGGGGGGGGGGUUUGUUGGUUUUUUUUUAAGUAAGGUAUAAAAAUAAAUAAAAUUAAAAAAAAAAAAUCAAAUGUCAUGGACAGUUUAUGGUAAAGAACAUGAAGGGUUGGAGGGUGGGGAGAGGGCAUGAAAUGACUGAGUCUGUUUUGAAAAAGGACAAUCACUGUCUGGGGGGGGGGGGGGGGGGACAAGCAGAUUUCAAUUGAGAUCUAUUUACUCCCUGUUGAGAUUACAAUUUUUUUCCUUUGCUUUUCUUUUAUGUUCCUUUUUUCAGAUUUAGUCAUUUUAGCUUUGACAAUCAUAGUUGGGUUGAUUUUUUUUCUCUCAAGGGGAGUAAAUUCUAAUUGUGUUUAGUUUUGUAAUUUUUUGGUGUGCUGUUGUUGACAUUUUUAAAUUGUGUGCAAACUGCAAUAAAUUAUAAGAAUCUUGAAAUUCAA